AUGACGAGCGCACAAGCAAUGGGAGAAGAACGUCAACAUAGCGCCAUGGUUUCAGACGAGGAUGCCGAGUAUGAGACGGCUGGCGAAACAGGAGGCGACACAACAAUCAUUGCAACAGGAUCCAAAGGAAAUGGAGGAACGUCCAGCGUUGAUCGAAACCCAUCGGACGACGCCGAUCUAGAGUUGAGCGAUCGCGACGCCUCAGGCGAGGAUGUAGACGCAUCGGGCGAGGAGGAUAACGACUACAUGGCACCCCCACAAUUAUCGUCUCAUAACAGCCGGCAAACCGAUCAGGAAGAAGGUGAUGAAGCGGAUGAGGACGCGGAAAGAGUGGAGGAUGCAGAGGGAGAGGAAGCGGAAGCGGAAGAGGACCACGAUGAGGACGUCGACGCAGAAGGGGAAGACUACGAAGACGACGAGGGUGUAGGCGCCGUCAAAUUUCAACCCGGAACUAGAGACGACGACGAUGAAGACAGUGAAAGCGACAAGUCGGACUUUCCCAGCGCUAAUGAAGAGGAGUCAGACGAGGAGGCCGCUUGGGAAGAUGGUGCAGAAGCCGAGGAGGACCAUGAGGAUGAUGAAACCGCCGCAUCAAGCAACUGCAUUUUCUGUGGCCAAGGUGAAGAUGACGAUCCAAGCGAGGAGUUUGAAGCAUACUUGGCCUGCGUUCGUUGCGGUAGUAAUGCUCACCAACAAUGCGCGCGUGAUGCUGCGGCGAUGAAUACCGAAAAUGUCCCUGAGCAUUGGAAAUGUCCAGAAUGUUUCGGUCAAGAAUCCGAUGCCGAAGAGGAAGAUGAGGAGGUGGAAGAUCAUCAUGUCGAUCACGAUGUUGGACUUACCUCUCAGGAAUCGGACAUUCACGGACUCUCGGGUGAAGCGCAUUUAGAACAACAAGUGGAAGACGAGGACGCCAGCUCCCAUGGCGAAUCGCAGCAUGAAGAUGAGGAGGAGUUAGAUGGGGAGCCGAGAGAGGCACCACGCACGCUGAGAAAACGGAAAUCAUCAUCCUUAGAAGACGAUGGCACGACGAUCUCCUUGAGAAAACGUCGACGAAACCAGUCCAACGAUGCAACGUCUGAGAGUACAGCACGAAAUGGAAGUGCUGAACCAGGUCGAAAUAACCCUUCCAGAACUCUACGCCUCAAGGUUUCAAGGCCCCCACCCGUUUCGAUAGAGAAACGCACCCGUACGUCGCUCAUACUUAGGUUCACUGUCAAGCCUGGCAAUCUUAAAGAAAUUCUCGCUCGCAAAAGGCGAGAAAAAAGACGACAACCUGGAACUGUCACACGACCACCUCCCCAACGACCAAUCCCAACACCGAGAGCCACAGCAAUUGCUGCUAUAUCUGUCCUCCCUACCCCCUUUACGUCGGACAGCUACUCACAACCAUUUUAUUUCGACCGUGAUUUAGAAGAGAUGCAAGGCAAACCCUUCGGUGGCAUUCUGUCUGAGGCAGAGGCCGACACAUCCAAAACUCUUCCAGCCGAAGAUGAUGAGAAAAGAUUCAAGGAUGCCCUUCAUCAGGCUGACCAAGAAUGGCGGGCGCGUCUUCUAGCCAUGCAAGAAGAAAGCAAUGCCCCUGUUCGAAAAGCGAAGAAGGCGGCUGACAACGCCAGCCAUAUUGAAUGCAUCGAAUUUGGCGGAUGGGAAAUUGAUACCUGGUACGCGGCGCCGUAUCCCGCUGAGUACUGCACGACCCGUGUGUUGUACAUUUGUGAGUUCUGCCUCAAGUACAUGGCGUCUGACUACGUUGCCUGGCGACACAAACUCAAAUGCCCGGCCAAGCACCCCCCGGGCGACGAGAUCUAUCGACAUGGAUCCGUCUCGGUUUUCGAAGUCGACGGUCGCAAGAAUCCGGUUUACUGCCAGAAUCUGUGCCUUCUUGCCAAGCUGUUUUUAGGUUCGAAAACUCUAUACUACGACGUGGAGCCCUUCCUAUUCUACGUGCUGUGUGAAUACAAUGAGACAGGAUAUCACUUUGUGGGAUACUUUUCCAAAGAAAAGCGAGCAAGUAGCCAGAACAACGUCUCUUGUAUCCUCACAUUACCCAUACAUCAACGAAAGGGCUACGGCAACUUGCUCAUCGACUUUUCCUAUCUACUAACAAAGGUUGAGGAAAAGACUGGCUCGCCGGAGAAGCCCUUGUCGGAUAUGGGCCUGGUCUCAUAUCGUAAUUAUUGGCGGCUGAUCAUGUGUCGGUAUUUCUUGACUGUGAUGGAGGGAGGAAAGUAUGCCACAGAGGGGCUUAGCAUCAAGCGUAUAUCUGAUAAUACCGGCAUGACACCAGAUGAUGUUAUAUCGGCCCUCGAGGGUUUGAGAGCUCUCGUCAGAGACCCACAGACCAAAACGUAUGCUUUCAGAGUUGAUCUGGACUAUUGCCGACAAUAUGUGGGCAAAUGGGAAGCAAAGGGCUAUGUACAACUGAAGCCAGAAGCUCUUGUGUGGACGCCGUAUGUUAUGGGCCGAAGCAACGCCGUCAACUUUGAGCUGGGCCCGCCGAUGAAUGCUAUUGCGCCCAGGGAGGAUGACGAGGCCAAAGUUGACGAAGGCCUUGGUACGACUGGCAUUGAGGGUCAGUCACUAUUAAACGGAGAAAAGAAGGAUGAGCCAGUUCCAGAUACAGAUGUUGACACUGGUGCUGAACCCCAAGCAAACGUCAAUGGAGAAGCCGGAGACAAAGCAGCUGAAAGUGCCAAUGCCGACCCAGCCCCGGUUCAAUCCAUCGAAGACGUGGCACCGGGACAAGAGAAAGAUAAAGACGUUGAGAUGAAGGAUGCAGAAGAUGAUGGCCCACCUGCUUGGCUAAAGCCAUAUCAAGAUAUUCCAUAUACUCGCUUCGAAGUAUUCCCGGCCAUUCCUGGCGGCAGACGAGAGCGGGCAAGACCAAGCGUUAGCCGCCCGACUGCGCCUCGUACCGUUAGUAGCGUUUCAAGGCAAAAGCGCAGCAGCAACAGCCAUCGCUCUUCCUCCUCCAGACCCAAGAGCUCAUCCAAGAAAAAGACGGGCGGAACAGGCCGAGGGCCAGGUCGAUGGCCAAAGGGUACCAAGAAAUCCGACUAUGGAAAUGCAACUAGCGGUCCCGGUCUACCACCUGGGUGGAUGGACAAGCAAGCCAAGUUGCGAGCCAUCACUGAAGGGAAUGACCCCGAACAAGAGGUGGCAGUGGAAGAGCCAGCAGAGGACUCGGUCGUGGUGUCAAUGCGAGCUAAUGGAGCAAAAGCUAAUGGAAGUGCCGCUGCACGUAAAGCCUCUAGAGACGAGGAGGCAAACGGGGAACAAGCUGCUGAGGGAGAAGACGUUGACGCUGAAGGGGAGGACGUUUGA